UUGUCUGGUAGCGGUGUUCGCAUUUCCGUUGGCGAUGACUGCUGUCAACGUCUAUUUUACGGCGUCGUCUAUGGCUGGAGAAAAGCAGCUUAGCCGUCAUGAACUUCUUCAAUGGGUAAAUGAUUCUCUCCAAUUGAGCUACACAAAGAUCGAGCAAUUGUGUGCAGGUGCUGCAUACUGUCAAUUCAUGGAUCUGCUUUUUAAAGGUUCAGUUCCAAUGAAGCGGGUAAAAUUUGAUGUGAAACAAGAGUUCGAGUACAUUGCCAAUUUCAAAAUUCUACAAAAUGCAUUUAAGAAGAAAGGAGUAGACAAGAUCAUACCAAUUGAUAGACUUGUUAAAGGACGGUUUCAAGACAAUUUUGAGUUUUUGCAAUGGUUCAAGCGUUUCUAUGAUGCCAACUAUGCAGGAAUGGAGAACUACCAUCCAGCUGAAGUGAGAGCAGAGGUCGGAAGUGCUGUUGCUAGAAAACCGCCUCUUAACAGUUCUGGUGCAGGUAAGAAACCGGUCAGCCAUUCCCAGGUGCCUGCUGGUGGAAGGAAGCCAGUAGGAGGUGUACGUUCUGUGGGGAGUUCAAGGAGCGACGUCCAUAUAGACAAACAACAAUAUGAAUCAGAGAUAAGAGAGAGGGAUGAAACUAUUCAGGCUUUGGAAAAAGAAAGAGACUUUUACUUUGGGAAGCUUCGUGAAGUGGAGAUGUUGUGUCAGGAGCAGGAAGAAGAUGGCAAAAUUGAGACAGUAAAAGUUCUCGAAGUCCUAUAUGCUACAGAGGAUGGAUUUGAAGCGCCACCCCCUGGAGAAGAGUUGGUAGCUAAUGAACAGAUGCCUAACGAUGGGUAUGAUGAGCCAGAGCAAGAUGAAUAUUAGCUAUUGGUUCUGUGUUGUUAUAAAAGUACAUGCAGUCAAUGCGUUGUAGUUUGCAACUGAACACAGUAUGUAUGUGUGCGUUAGGUACGUUUAUACUAAAAUGUUAGUGUAUUUGUGUAGAUGAACGUUGAUAAUGGAAAGCGCUAGGGAAAUCCUUGUAGUCUACGUUCAACGGUUGCUGGCUUAGCACACGCACUGAUCGAGUCUGAGUCUUGGCUAGGAAGGCAAUAAAAUUGGAUGUCU